AUGUGACUUCCUUAUUCAUCUGUCUGCACCGAAAUUAACCUACUAAGUUUUAUAACGUACUAAAAGAUUAUUAUACUAGUAAUACUUAUGAAUCUCCAGAAAUUGCAAAUGAUAGAAGCUGAAAUAGGAAGUUGUCAAGUAUACAGAAAGAAUUUAAUGUGAAGAUCUGGUCAUAGGGAAAAAAAUCACUGUUGUUUUUUAAAUUCAACUUCAGCACUUCAAAAGCGCUUUUAAACUCAAGUGCUUGCAAGCUACUUUUAUUCAACUAAUUCAAAGGGUUUAGACUAUAUAUUUUAGAUUCGUGUGGAGAAGGGUAAAGGGGUUCUUCAAGAUGGUUGAAACAUUGUUCGAAGAUAUAUUUACAGUCACUCAAAAAGAUCCGGAUGGUAAAAAGUUCGAUAGAGUUAAUCGCAUUGAAGCACGAAGUGAGCAGUUUGAUAUGUACAUGCUGUUGGAUGUGAACACCGAGAUAUAUCCUAUGCGUGUGAAAGAUAAAUUUAUGAUGGUUUUAGCAUCUACUUUGAACUUGGACGGGACACCAGAUACUGGUUAUUUCAUUCAGGGUAACAAGAAAUCACUUGCUGACAAGUUCGAAUAUGUCAUGAAUGGGAAGCUAUAUAGGAUCUCAGAGGAAGGUUCAGGAAAGCAUGUUAAAGCAGACAUCUUUGUUUCAUUUGGAGGACUUCUGAUGCAGCUGAGGGGAGAUCCAUCCAUUGCAGCGAAAUUUGAGCUGGAUCAGAAGAUUUUCCUUCUCAUGAGGAAGGUUUGAUUUAAAGAAUUGGUAAUAAUAACUCAGUUUUAACUUGAAGGUGAAAACGCAUUUGUUAGCUAAGCUACUGGCACGUGAUAACUUUCGCGUGGAGUUCAGUUUCAAGAAAUCGAAAGAAUGUAACUGAGAUGAUAAUGGAGACCAAGGAAUGGAGCUCUAUUUAUGUUGUUGAGGUGCGGAAACCUAAUGUGCAGUUAUGAUCUUUAUAUCUGGUGACAUAAAGAGAAGAAUAUUUUCCAACUACUAGUAUUCUGUGAUGAAGAAUUUAGAACUCUUAUCGACUGGUAACAUAAUUGCAGUUCAUGCUGCUGUUAUUAUUCCGAGCCCUGUGUUAUUUCAAUA